AUGACCCUGUCUGGAGGCAGCGACCGAGCCGGGGACAUGUCCGGCCACACCGUGCUCACCGCGGAGGACGUGGACAUCGACGUGGUGGGCGAGGGGGACGACGAGGGCAUGGAGGGACAGGGGGGAGACAGCGACUGCGACAGCCCGGUGGGGGGAGGCAUCCUCCUGCGAGACCUCCGAGGAGGGGAGCCCGGGGACGAGGAGGAGGAGGCGGAGGAGGAUGACAUCGAGGUGGAGAAGGAGGAGAUGGGCUCCGGCGGAGGGAGUCCGGGCUGCGAGAGCUCCGGGGAGGGAGGAGAGCCCGGCACCGGGAAUAAGGGAGAGGGUCCGGAGGGGGGCUCCGGGUCGGGGGGCUCCUUGCAGAAACCCAAGAGCAGCCUGGUGAAGCCCCCGUACUCCUACAUCGCCCUCAUCACCAUGUCCAUCCUGCAGAGCCCGCAGAAGAAGCUCACCCUCAGCGGGAUCUGCGAGUUCAUCAGCAGCCGCUUCCCGUACUACCGGGAGAAGUUCCCGGCCUGGCAGAACUCCAUCCGGCACAACCUGUCCCUCAACGACUGCUUCGUGAAGAUCCCCCGGGAACCAGGUAACCCCGGGAAGGGCAACUACUGGACCCUGGACCCGGCGUCCGAGGACAUGUUCGACAACGGCAGCUUCCUAAGGAGGAGGAAGAGGUUCAAGCGGGUCCAGCCGGACAUGCUCCGGGACCAGACGGCCCUCAUGAUGCAGAGCUUCGGUGCCUACGGCCUCGGGGGUCCCUACGGCAGGCACUACGGGAUCCACCCGGCCUACACCCACCCGGCGGCCCUGCAGUACCAGUACAUGCCCCCGGUGGGACCCAUGCUGCCGCCGGGGGUCCCUCUCCUGCCCUCGGUGGAGCUGAACCGCAAGGUGUUCAACUCCCAGCUCAGCCCGAGCCUCCAGAUGCAGCUCAGCAGCCUCAGCUCGGCGUCCAUGAUCAAGUCGGAGCCGUCCAACAGACCCUCGUUCAGCAUCGAGAACAUCAUCGGGGUCUCCAGCGCCUCCUCCGUGUCGCCCCAGGCCUUCCUGCGGCCCCCGGUGACCGUGCAGUCGGCCCUGCUGAGCGCUCAGUCCCUGUCUCUGUCCCGGAGCUCCGCGGCCAUCGCCCCCCUCCUCAGCGUCCCCUCCAGCCUCCUCUCAGGACACGGCUUGUCCUCCGCGACCACCCUGUCCAAGUGGCCGUCACAAUGA